AGGACUCGACACGGUUAUAUACGAAGACGUUUACUACUUGCGCGAAGACGAAUGUCAACGAGAGCACGCGGAACCCUUCUUCUCCACCACAAUGCCGAUUCGAUGAGCCGUCACAACAUAUUCCGCCUGGUGUGAGAACUUCUACUCAAGAGAACGUAGUCCUCGUCGAGGGGACCCCGAAAAUGGCCAGUACACAAGUAAGUUCCGGCAGCCCGCGGAACAAAACCAAAACCAGAAGUAACGUGUUCUACAACAUUUUCGACAACUUUGUCUUCGCCGCGGAAGUGCUGGUAGAUUUCCUCGGCGAGAAUUUUUCCCCGCUGGUACACUCCGACUUGGCGCGAAUCGUGCACGAAAAGGAACUGCAGGUGGAGGAGAGCGACGCCAAGCGGAAAGAAAUGCUGGAGCAGCAAAGGAAAAAACAGGAAGAUGAGAUUGCGCGGCUGGAAGAAGGACGAUCCAGGUUAAUUGCAGCGACCUGUGGAGGUGCCGCAGUAGCUGAUGAAGGUAGCAAGGAAGUGCAAGCGGGUGAGGAACAACUGCAGACCCUGUAGCACGCUCCUGCGCAGUAGCACCGCGGGCGCCACACGCUCCUGCUCAAUCAGCUUCCUCCCACGCCACGCAAAAUCUGCCCGAGGUAAGUAGCCAAGGUGCCAGUUUUGUUUUGCUGCCAUGAGCAACAUGUUGAUCCGAAGCCGCCGACGAGGCUUAGGGGGAAUUCCGGCAGCCGGCCGGCCCGAGUCAGGAGUCUUCCAACCCGCGGCGAAUCUUCUUCGGUGCCGCGAGCUAAACCGGGCGACUUGUCUCAUCUUUGCUCAGGCAAGACAUUUUGCUCGACUGUCGCCGGAAUUACAGCGAAAGGUACAUCACACCAAGGAUAAUCAUAAUUUUAAUGCCAGCAAGUUGCAGACCACCGACACUGAUAUACACCGCGGCAACUGCGACAAAAGUUUUGGGACGGCGCCGCGUGGCCCUCAAGGUGGCAGGACAAUUUCGAAACCCAGCCAGGAUUCGGAUUUUGAAAUUUUGGAAUCCUCUUUCUGUAGAACCGGGAAAGUAGCCUCGAUACACGACAUCAAAACAGCGCACGCCGAAACUGCAAGCGCAUCGCGCGCUGCACGGCAAACAAAAGAAGCCGUCCCGAAUGCGGCUGCUCGUCGUCUCAGAGUGCGAACUUCCCGUACAGGAGAUGGCAGCACGCACAACCACUCCGACGGGGGGCGACACGGAGAAGAUCUUCAUAGAGAGACGAUGCGUGGUUCUUCUGCUAAAGGAACAACACGUUUCCAGACGCCACGAGAAAGCGAUGAGCAUAACGCCGCGCGCGAAGGUGGAGAUGGUACUUCGCACAGCACUGUAGGCGGGGGUGCAACGACUACGCCUUCUCAAGACCUACAGAACCAAGUUCAGCAAGCCGCUUUGGUGAGAAGGAUUCUGCACCCCCGGACGAAGCGAAUCGACCAACUUUUCAGCAGCUUGCCACAAAAGGGACGAGAACGAGAAACAGCAUCAGACACGACGAGCAGUGGAAACCGAGCUGCUGCUACACGACGCAAAAGUGUCACUCUUGACCGCAAGGACUUUCUGCAGCUGCUGCAGCAAGUGCAUCCCGACAGAAAUUCGCACCCCGACGCGGCGCAGGCGUUCGCAAAGUUGCAGAAUCUGUGGCAGGUGUACAGUGACGCUGAUACAAGUGGUCGCGGAGGCGAAGCAAAAGAUGCGGCGGAGGAGGCCACUGCCUCGAGCAGUACGGCAGGAGGAGGGGUCCACGAAAGAAGUUCUGGGAGCAGAAACGCAGGGCCUGCAAAUAGUAGAACCGUCCGGCAACAGAGAACAGCAUCAAGUGACGUCGACGACGUGCUGGCGGACUUGCUGAACGACCAACAUCGUGGUGGUUCUGCGUUUUCCUCAGCGGGGACAAAACCCCCAUCUUCCACCAACCUCCAAGACUUUGCUUUCAGCCCCGUGCCCGAACUCGACCUGCACAGUCCGGCAAGCGACAUUGAGCACAGCAUGUGCGAGCGGUCGGCGCAGGCCAUGCGGAUCCAGUUUACCGACGAAAUCCUGCAGGCGCGGAGCGAAUUGCUGAACGCUUUGCAACGCAUCGACGCCGCCAACUGGAAGAAAAAGCCGGUGAAAAUUUUAAAGCGCGAUCUGCAGGGGCUCAACAGGGACGAAGAUCGCCUGCUGGAGUUGAAAUUGAAGUGUUUCGGGUUUCUCGGAAAUUUCUGCUGGGAAAGGUACCGUAUCCUGUGCAAAAGUAUCGUACUCGCACAUAGAAAUUAGUGGCUUCUUGCGUGACAGGUUUGCUUCUACAGUUUGUUGCAGUUCAUUCUUGUUCUACUAGGCAAAUUAAGACAUGAUAGAGAAAAAACGAAGAAGAAAAAGCUAUAGUGCGAUUUCUACAACGAGUUGUACGAAGAUACUUGCUUUGCAAUGCAUACACCGGGUGGCGAGGAGCAGGCAGCAGCUGCCGGGGGUCGUGGUGAAGAAGUGCAUGGAUGCGUUGCUGUGGUACAGUCGGAAGUUCCAUUGUGGCGGCUAUGGGAAUAGAAAAGUAUUGCAAUGAAGGUGCUACAACUUGUUCAACAGAAGUCCGAACCCGACGUCCUAAAAGGUGCAAAUAACUGAAGCUCGAACUUCGUAUGUUUUUAUCGUAUUUUUGCCAAAAUUUGCAGCUGAACUGUUAGGCUGUGAAGGUGUGGCGCGCGAACGCGAAGGAAACGAGCGUCACAAGUUUAAUAUACGCAUAUCUAUGCGAUCAUUCGCAAAAGUUAUAUGCAUGUUAGCCGCCGUCGCAGUUGUAUCUAUGUAAGGAACUCCGGGUUUGAAGGUGACUGGGAGAAAGCCUCCUUCCUGCACCGAGUUCUUUUCCAUACGCCCGACGACGACGUUGUCCCGAUCAAGCUGUCGGAUCGCAUCGUCAACCAGAUCGUGUUGCAAUACUGCACAAAUCCGACCACAAGGAAGAGAAUCGCAAUUGAAUACCACAAGGCCUUCAUGGAAUAUGAAGAAAAAGCGAAAGUAGAAGUCGAGCACGCACAAAAUGAAAUGACCUUUUUACCGGCAAACAGUAGAAGCAAAGCAACGAAGACUACAAGAAAUUUGACCGACCUGUGGGAAAAUCUGCUCCUCGAGGCGAACAAGGUUGCGAAUCAAGCCGGCUUCAACUCGGUCGCGGACGUGCAGAAUUCCAUGCUCUGUGUGCAUGAGAGAGUCGGAGUCUUGGACGACAAAAUGUCCGAUAAGAAACAGAGUGCCAUAUUUCCCUUGAUGCAGUCGUUUUCGCACUGGUUUUCGGAGGAAGUGUUCAAGAACAAAGCGGGCAACGAGAAAGCACAGGCCCUGCGAGAGGUGAUGCAGCUGGAUCAUGCGGGGGCGGCUUCGGGUUCUUGGGGCGGAACGCAAAACUGGUCCGGCAGGAGGGCCUCAGGUCCUCCUCCUCCAAACACCGUCAAUUUGCAAGCAAACAAGGUCGGCGGAGGUACUAGAGCGGCAGGACCAGCUGCAGCUGCUGCAGAGGAAAAUAAAGCACGAAACGCGUAUCACGUCGUUUCCGACCUGCCGGCGAUUUUGCGGCACUGUAUGCCGUACCUGACGCGAACGAUCGAUCGCGUGCAGACCGCGUCUUGUGGGCCGCAGGCGAUCCUGGUAGACAAGGACUUUGAAUUGUUGAUGUCCAUCCUCGGGAGCAUUCUCCAAGUGAAAAUUGUGAAGGAGGACUUGCUGAACCACGUGGCUGCAGCAGGAACUUCGUCUUCAAGGACCACUCCCUCAGCCUCUGCAGGUGCGGCGGCCAACAGAGCAGGCCCGAUCAAAAAAGAGGAAGAAGACCACCAUCGUGAUCACAUACACCAGCCCACUACGGCGAAAACCACCGCUGACAGCACCAGCCCGCCGAAGUUCUACGCCCUCCGCUCUAAGCCGCUCGCGUACCACGUUUUCAGGACCACCACGAACGGGGCGAGUACUACUAGCAGGCUUCAACUCCAAGUUGAUGAUCUGACGCCGAAACACAGCAAUCCCAACUUCCUCGGCACCAUCGAGUUUAACUUCAAGCAAAAUUCCCUUUCCGCGACGUCAAAAAACGCUUUGCAGAACGCGUGCGCGCAGUUCGUCCAGCCGAAAUUCGUGCGCAUGAUGAUAUCCAUGAUUGCAAAGUAUUGUAAACUAGUAGUAUGAAAAGCAUUCGCAUGCAUCGCUACUGCAUAACAAAUGCUGGAAAAGGUAAGGACGAAGAACGUUUUUGCAAUUACUACUAGUACGAGUGCAGUACUCUUGUGCAUUGUAUAGAUGAACCUGAGUGGCGAUCUGGUGUCCAAGGACUGUCGGGCGAUCUUGCUGACCAACCUGCGUGCGGUCGUGCACGAGCUCGGGCACGCGAUGCACUUCCUGCACACGCCGCACCUAUCAAAUGCAAAAAUGUCUGGGUCUAGAAGAGUCAUGCUGUUUUUGCAUGACACAGGAUGUCUGUCCUGGAAGCCCUAGCAUCACAGAUGUCGAGCAGCUUCCGCAUUGCUUUAUCCGCAUGACAAAUCCCCCACUGACUGCCACUUUGGUGACAGGAAGUGGACAUCUUUUGCUGCCUAUGCUUAUGCAUGAGAGAUUUGUCUGUGUAGUGGAAUGCGCAUCACAAGUUCAUAUCCUUCCAGACCCAGACACUUUUACAAUCCACAGCACCAGCAGCUGAGCAACUGGGGCCUGGCGCUGAGUCCGGACCUGUUGGAACUGCCCUCCACCUUGUUCGAGUUGUUUCUGGAAGAGGAUUUGGUCCUGCGAAAGUUGAUCGAGAACCAGCCGAAGGGGGUUCGGAUCAAGGGCGUAAUUCAGUCGGUGCAGGGGUUGAGCAACGGAUUCCAGAAAAAAGCGCUGCGGGUGCGGGAGGAAAAUUUCUGGAUGUGCCAGCGCGCAUAUCUGGAGAACUUGGCGUGGGGAAGUGAGGUGAUCGAGUUCAUCGCGAAAAAGACAGAGAUGAACAGCACGCCGGCAUCAAACACAAACGGUGGAAGUUCUUGUUCUACCAGUGGAGGAGCUUCGGAGCUGCAACUACCCAUAGGGGUACUAGAGGCUCACGACCAAAACGGUGCAACAGCUGCUGUUCAUCUGACAGAGGUGGAAGACGACUUUGCCGCAAAACUGGCGAUAAGCGAAAGAACCUCCGGCGACCAAAAUUCGUUACACGCGUCGAGGAACAUUCGUACUUCCACCAGCAGUGCAGGAGAUGUCGUUGCUGCCGAGCAGGACGAAACCUCUCUACUUCCCCGUGGAGGACAGCACGACCUCCGGCACCAGAACUUCGAUUCUCUCGCACCUGCACCUUUUGCAGCAGUGGGACGUCGAGAUGAUGAUGAAAACUGCGGACUCACUUCAUCAUCUCCGCCUCUGGUGCCGCUUGUUGCAGCACAGGAAGAUCUUAAGAAGUCUAAAUUUUCAUCCCUGGGACGAGCAAAAAACGACUACCAAGACCUGUCCCAUUUUUUCCUCGACCGCUACAGCAAAGUUUUCUGCCUGCAAUACAGCCACGAAGUAUGUAAUCAAGUUCCCAGUAGUUCCACACUUUCUUCUUCCUCAACAUUUUCCGGAAACGCGAAACAAAAAAAAGAAAGUACGACUUCAGACGGGAAAAAUCUCUUUCACCCGCUCGCCAUUCCGGAGUUGCGGCUGUUAUUCACGGACAGUCAGCAGACCUACCCGGCGCUGACCUACAUCUUCGCGCGGUGCAGGAGUCGACAGUGGUACGUCGAAUCCCGGUGGAAGGAGAGCUUGGCGUCGAUGAAAACCGCUAAAAAUAACAUUGCAAGUAGUACCGCGAAUAGCACAGAAGCAAACGCAUUCAAUAGCAACGGGCCAUCUUCUUCUUCUUCGCGCGUCGUGCCACCGCGAACAGCGUCGCCCAUCGUUUCCGAGAUUUUGGAGCGGAACUUUUAUCAAUUCUCCAAACUGACGACCGUCCCGACGAAGGAAGAACUUUGGCUCUACUUUUUCCGAGGGAAGGAAGACGUUUGAAAAGGCUUGGUUGGAUUCGAUUGCACGGUUGCUAGCACGUUACCUCUACUAGCGCACCAGAAACUUGCUGCACUACCAUCCAAAUCCUGCGUGCGCGCAAUGGCUGCAAACUUCCCUUGUUCAUCUGUAGGGCUCGAUGGUACAUUGCACAAAAGUUAACUUUGUUCGACCGCUGUUCCUUACAGUUCGAUCGCGGGUAACCUAUUUUUGAUCGCUCCUGUUAUGGACGGUUUUGGUGUGAUGUUCA